AUGAAGAAAAAACGAGAACAAAGCAAUUCACGUAAAAUUAUUAAUACAAAUAAUUCAUCAGAAAUACUAACAAAAAAAUUUGAAAUAUUUGUAACGGAUUUUCUCACUGAUCCAUGUGGCUUACCUAGUGAAUUAAAGAAUUGUGUUUUAGUCGACGGCAAAAAUACAGAUUUUUGUGUAUCGAAAAAAACACAAGCUUGUAAGAAAAAAUAA